GUGAAAGCUUCAUUCUUUUGGAGUGCGCAACAGACCUCAAUUGAUGGAAUUACUAAAUUGGAAGGAGAAAAGUAACACUGGACUCACUUGUAUGGUGGAAUAUCAACUUUAAGAAUAUAAAUAACGCUGUAUCAAUACACACUUUGUCAUUUUUAAGAAAAAACAUCAACUCAACUUUGCUAAUUUUAGGCUUUUUAACGGUUUCGAACUCGGGACAAGUGGUCUUUACGCACAGCGCGCACCAUGGCGAACUCCUGUCUCCAACUGAGCGGCUUUCUCCUCAGCUGCCUCGGAUGGCUGGGCAUCGUGAUCGCAACGGCCACCAAUGACUGGGUGACUAUGUGUAAAUACGGUUUUAACACCUGCAAGAAGAUGGAUGAGCUGGGGGAGAAGGGACCCUGGGCGGAAUGUGUCAUCUCCACAGGACUCUACCACUGCGUCUCCCUUACGCAGAUCCUUGACCUGCCAGCUUACAUCCAGACGACUCGUGCCCUGAUGAUCACAGGUUCAAUCCUAGGUCUCCCAGCGGUGGGAAUACUCCUUAUGUCCAUGCCCUGCAUCAGUCUUGGCAAUGAACCUCAGAGCUCCAAGAACAAACGCACCGUCCUGGGAGGAGUGCUGAUACUCAUAGUUGCAAUCUGUGGGAUGGUGUCCACCGUCUGGUUUCCCAUCGGGGCCCAUCAAGAGGGUGGCCUCAUGUCGUUCGGCUUCUCCCUCUACGCUGGAUGGGUGGGCACUAUUUUUUCCGUGCUGGGUGGGUCCAUUGCCACCUGCUCGUCAGAUUCCUCCUCCUCCCACUCCUACCAGGAAAACAAUCACUUUUACUACUCCAAACAGGGAGGCGGCAAUCUGCCAGCCGCUUCUUCCACCAAUCAUGCCAAAAGCGCCCACGUGUGAGAUUUUUAGAUAAAUCCCACGUGGAUGCGUAGGGGACUGCGGUGUGUAUAUAGAGACGUGCACAAGAGCAAACAAACACAUGUAUUCCCAAUCAGUACAAUAACAUUUACAUUCAAACCUAUACUGGCAGAGGAAGAGACACAUUCACACACUCAUUCAUGUUGUUUUAUGUGAAGGAAAAUAAUCCUUGAAUGAGCACACAAACAUUCAUCCAACUCCACAUAUAAAAGACUGUUUGCUUUUUUUUUCCACCAGUGUAUUGUUUUUGUGUCUUCCAGCCUCCUCAUGUUGGGUGUGGUGUGGACUCUCCUCACUCUUACAUAACUGUACAACCUCCUGAGUAACUGCCUGCUCAGCAGCCUUGUGUACUGAGAUAUUAUAUUCUAUAUUACUUCUAUUUUUAUAUUACGUACCACAAAAUGAAAUCUUACAACUGCCUUUGUUGGUAAAUAUGUUUUUUUUUAAAGCCAAAUAAUAUCAUGAUCGAUGAUCUAUUGUUUUUAUUAAAGCAGGGUAAGGCAGUAUUAUGCUUGGAAUUGAAAAUGUCUUCAUUAACAUUGUUUGCGGUCAUUCAUCUUUCUUUGACAGUAUUGUACAACUCUUUCGCACAUUUGCUUUCUGAGUGAUAGACUUAAUUAAAAUAACAUAGUACUGUGCUUUUUCCGAGCCCCACAGAAUGAUGGUGGCAUGAUGGGAACAUAAAUUUCACUGGAGCGCUUUAGCCAGCAGUAUUACAGUCUGUAUUAGAGUCUCAGUAUUUGCACUGAAAUAAUUUCCUGGAGAGUUCAACAUUCAACUCUUGUCAUUCAGUUUCAUAGACUAAAGUUCUGUUACACGUUUUCAUUUGACUAACUUGCUCUUAUAUCCGGUUUAAACAAUAACUAUGUGACAAAAAAAGCAGCAUGUGGCCUUGUACAUUUUCAUUAAACAUCUUAAAAAUGUCUGGCUUCAAAUAUAUUUCAUUAGUGUGCAACGGAGGAACCUGCUUCUGUUGAAGGAAUAUGUGGAACGUGAUAUUCCCAAGCUGAAGGAACCUGAUAUUUCUGUACAGAAGCAGUGUUAGCUAUGGCUAUUUAUUGUUUCACUGAUUUGUUGUUUGUGUAAAUUUCAACAAUAAACACAAAAACAAUCAAA